GAUAUAUUAUCUUUUAGCGGUUAAGGAAAAUUCGGACAUAGAAGCAGUAUGCAAGAGCCAGUAUGGCUAAUAAUUUAAAAAGCUGUUUGUUUCUGAUUGGCUACAUAAUUUGCAUAACAUCUUGCAGUAAACACGAUCGUUUUGAGAAUGAUUUAUUAAAACGUCAUACUGAAGAAGAUUCAUGGAAUGAAUUUCGGUACAAUAACAUUACAAAUCAAUUUGAAAAAGAAGUCAAAGUGUUUGUAAAGUUGGGGAAAGUGUUUGUCUAUCAAUUACCAUAUCCACGUAAAGUUGAGGUGAUACCAAGACGCAGCCUGCCAAAAUGGAUUUACUUUAUCUCCCGGUUAAAAGCCAUUGUUAUUCUGCCACUUUACCAUUCUCGACGUGAAAAACAAAUCAUUUUCACUACAUUGGUUGACAAUACAAAUGAUACAUUGAAAUGUAUAACCAUAUUAAAAUUACAACCACAGAAGUUGGCUGAUGAUGGAGACAUACUGAUGUCAUUGUUACCUAAGGAGAGUGUCAGGAAACAACCUUUUAAAAAUGUAAUCAGGUUUUUUGAAACAAUCGAAGUGAUGUAUCCAAACUACCAACUCGUCAGAAAGAUACCAAGGGUAAUGAAAAUCGUUUAUGAAGCUGGAAACACAUUUGGGCAUAAACGAAACAUUUGCGUAUCAAUAAAGACAAAUUGCCACAGCGAUAAAAUCAAUGAUUUGUUAAAACUGAUGUUCCUUCAGAAGUAUGUGGCUUUAUCGGGUGUCAGAAUGUACGAGACCAACAACUAUAGAUCCAAUUGUCUGAAAGAACUUUCAAAGACAUUAAAUUCCACACAAUAUGACAAUGUUACUGAAUCAAAUUUUUUUAUGUUUGGACUUUCAAAUUCAAGAAAAAGAAGGUCACCUUUCCUUUUUAACUUACCCCAAAUGCAGUCGCCUCGGCAAGCAAGCAUUGCAGAUUGUCGCACGAAUACUCCGCCAUUGAAUAAUCAUUCGCAAAUUUCCCUUAAAAUACAACCGAAUGAAUUUACUCAUAUCAAUCUGAAAGAGAAUCUUUUUAUUGACAAAGAAGACGGCAAUACAAGACGUUUAAAACUAUCACUAAGAUGGUCAUCCGGUCAAGAAAUAGCGAAGUCCGAUUGGAUACAAUUUAGUUCAGCCUUGCAGUUUAUUUAUACUUGGGCAACUUACGAAGUACUUAUCAAUCAGCCACCAGAAGGGUAUAGUUUUCAGUUAGUUGCUGCUGAUCAAUGUAAUGCCACAGCCAGUCUUAAUUUACGUUUAACGGUGAAAAAUAAUGUUCUGCAUCCGCCUUGUCAUCACUUCGUAUUGAUUGUUGAAAGCAAAAUGGAUCGCAACACACCUUACAUUCACGUGUUGGUAGAUUUAGUAAAUCUAAUCCGGGUACAGUUGAAUGACACUAACUUAAAAAAUAUUCUUGUAACCAAAUUUUCAAAUGUCUUAGAGCAAAAGAACACGUUUUCUUUAUCCUUUACUGAUCAAGCUAUUAAAUGUCAACCUUGUGAUAUGAUGGCAAUAAGUAACAAGUGGAGAAUAACUCAAAAUACAAAAUUCAUUGAGACGUUCGCGCCGAAUUUUAAAUACCUUGGUACGACAGUUGACAAACGACAGUGUGGUGGCAAUUCGAAACCCAUCGUACUUUGCCCAAUUCCCACCCUAAACGUAACCCGUUAUUUAACAACAAAAUAUGACUUGCCAGUUAAUACAUUCUAUGAUGCGGAAGAUGGAUUUACAAGCAGUUUAAAACUGAAAGUGAGCACGGAUGGGAUACAAAAUAUAUUUAUGGUGAUAAUUGACCGGAUGGCGUUACACAUUUAUCAGGUGAACAGACCUCCCUUUAUUUCAAACGUACGGUUCACGUUAGAAGCAACCGAUUCCGGCGGAGUAAAAACAAGUUUGGAAUUUCAAAUACAAGCACAUAUGGUAUUUUCAAUUCCGUACGCUACGUUUGAACUCGAGUUCAACACGUUUUACAAUAGAGAAUUAACUGAUGGAGAUAUCUUGCUGGCGUUUUUAAAGAGAUUAAGCGAGUACUUAAAAAUUAUGUUGACAAUGGAACACAUCAGUGUUACUUAUUUUUACAGAACAGGGCUGUAUCCUCAGUACGUUAAGGUUCACUGGACUUAUUCCAACUUUUUUGAUCCUGGGAACCAUUUAAACACUUUUAACGCAAUUAAGAGAAAAUUAUAUGAUGGUAAUGAUAUUUCUAGUGACUUUGCGAAUUUUAUGUUGCCAUAUGUGUCUGAUAUAAAAGGAAAAUAUACGCAGCAUCAAAUGCAGACUUUAACAGUUAUACCGACACCAACAAUGUCGAAUCAAUUUAAAACCACUAUCAAUAGCAACCCACCAUUAAAAACCACUGUCCUAACCACUAUUAAGCCAUCAACAGCAUCAUUAAUAACACCAACAGCUUCUCAACCUACGCACGGUAAAGGUCCAAAGGCAAUGUAUGCAAUUGGUCCCUUUUUAGCAACUUUUUGUGAUUUUUUUGUGUAUCCAAUCCCAGAGAAUCUUUUCCAUGACAUCAAUGAUGGUAACACGAGAAAUUUAAACCUCUCUUUACAAACUGGCUCUUAUCAAGUUGUAAAUAAGACAUCAUGGCUUCAAAUAGAUACCGAUAUCCAAGUUUUAUACGGCUUUCUAAAGGUUAGUGAUUACAUCAAAGCUGGUGGGAAAGAAGAGAUAUAUUAUCUAGUUGCAAGGAAUUCUUUAGCGUUAGAAACCUAUUUGCCAUUCAAGGUUCAACUCCCAGAAAAGGUACCGCAAAUUUUUUAUCAAAUAACAAUGACCGUAACUAAAUUCUACGAUUCAAAUGCUCCAGAUAUUAACGAGCAAUUACUUCUCUUGCUGAAAGUGUCCACAUAUUUUGGUGAACCAAAAUUUUCCUGGGUAAAUAUUUUGUCCUUCUCAAGAAACGAAGAACAAAACCAAGUAACAUUUGCUUGGACAAACUGCACAUUAUCUGAUUCUUUAAAAUGCCCAAUUGCAGCUGUCAAAACCUUAUCAUCAAAAGUUGUUCUAAACAACCACAUAGCUAAUUCAAAUUUUGCCCACUUUCUUGCACCUCAGUACAUUAUUAAAAACAUUACUGCUUCCGUUAAUCAAAACUGCCAAUCAUCUACAACCACGUCACCAGGCACGACAUCUACGAUAAUUACGACUAGUCCUCUCAUACUGAACAGACUCGCUGCUCUGCAAGUAUAUUCGAUCUCCUACUAUCGAUUUAAAAUACCUUUCAACACAUUUUUUGAUGCAAACGACGGAUAUACCCCCUACUUGAAACUAGCUAUGUGGAAUCUUGAUGGCACUGCUCUGUCACGGUCUUCCUGGAUUCAGUUCAAUAUGGCAGCACAAGAAAUCUAUGCUUCGUUGCAUAUUGAUGUUCUUCAAGGAUCUAAUACACGAAAGUUUCAAUUCAUUUUGUCGGCUACAAACUCGUAUAAACGCACCACGAAUAUGAUUAUCACUCUGGAUUGUUUCCGAGCAGCUCUGCCAACAGGUGGCCUUAAUGUUGCCAUAACUGCAUUGGAAUAUUUUAGCUCCUCUAUGAAUGAUCUGCAAAUUUUGACUUUGUUCUUGCAGCGAUAUUUCCAAUACAUGGAUUCGAGAGGAGGAAUGGAAAUUGAAACAUUUCAAAGAACGAGUGAAACUCCUAGCCGUUUAUCAAUGUCGUUUAUUUAUAAUUUCGUUAAUUCAAAUCAAAGGUGUAACGUCACAAGAGUUGAAUCAGUAACACACAAGUUGACUUAUUUUGGUCAUAACACUAAUCCGUUUUUGAUACAGGUGUUUCUUCCUGAGAUGACAAUUGAUAAAGUCACAGUGCAAAGCUUUGGCUUUUGUAGUCAUGUAACUCCAGCGCCACCGCCUUCGCAAGGACCAGUGAUAAAGCAACAAAUACCGCUUUUACAUGCUAGUACUAGUUCCAAACUACAAUAUGCCAUCCCUGAAGGUUCUUUCUCAGACAGAAGUGAUGGUUCUACGAGAAAUUUGAAGCUGCUGAUACUUUCGCAAGAUCGUACUGUUCUUUCCAAAUUUUCUUGGAUACAAAUCUCGACACAGCAAAUUUUAACUGGUAUUUUAACACAACAUGACCUUUCUGGCAGUAACGAGAAAGUAUUUCAAUAUAUACUUCGUGCUGUGAAUUCUAAAGGCUUAUUUGUCGAUAUGAUAAUUCAUAUAUCUGCAAUGGACACACUAUCUUUGAAUGCUUUUACUUUCACUUUUACUGGUCAGUACCUGCAGUCGUUAGAUACAUCAAACGUAGACAUCUUAUUUUACAUUCACCAGAAGCUUCAUUCCUACCUAUAUGGUAACAACCCUGCAAGUAAAACUGGGUUUACUCGCUUUAAUCGAGACAAACCAGCACCUAGUAUGUUUACUAUAGGAUAUCAAGAUACAAAAAUGACACUUGGCAAUUGCAGAACUUCUUACUUUAAAGAAGUAAUGAGCAAACUCUUUACAAGUUCUAUUUACAUUAAUCCAUACCUAAUAUUAGCAAUGCAUCCCCAAAUAUCUUUAACAAGUGUGAAAAUGGAUGGCAAAUGUGACCAAAUUACAUCCACUGCAACAACCAAAACCACACCAACACCUACACCGACGGUUACUCCUAAUCACCCCCCUCAUGUUGUAGUUGAAGUUAGACCAAUAACGAUAAAUUACGGAGAAGCGAUAUUCUAUUACAUUGAUCAAAAUACAUUUCUGGAUAAUGAAGACGGGAACACAAGGAAUUUACACUUGGAAUUAUUUUUCAUCGACGGUCAAGUUUUGAACAAGAAGUCGUGGUUGCAAUGGAAUCAAAAUUUGCAAGUUAUUUAUGGACUUUUAAAGUUGUCCGAUUACAUACAACAACCAUCAAAUGGUUACAAGUAUAUGCUAGUUGCAACAGAUUCUAGUGGAUUGAAGGCAAGCACAGCAGUAACAGUAACUCUACCUACAUUUCAUAUCCAAUAUAACAUACGUUUCAGCAUGAAAAUAUCACAAUUUUACGAUCCUUCUUUACCAGAUGUGAACGAGCAGAUCCUAAUAACACGAAAGUUAUUUGAGUACAUUAAGCUGUACAAAAUUCAAAUCAUAACAUUUAGGCGCAUUGUUGACAAACAAGAAUUGGAGAUUGAAUGGACGUUAUAUCAACUGCCGUACACGCCUUGUCCUGUGGAUAUUUUAAGAAAAAUUACCCGUAAGAUUGUAUUAAAUGGUGUUCCCACAGUUUCUUUUAAAAAUGCCAUGAAGCCAGAAUAUAAUCUACAUCAAGUAUCUGUUGAGUUUUUAGAACCGUGCACAUUUUUUACUCAGUCCACUUUAAAGUUAUCAACAAUGACCCUCAAACCUUCGCCCUCAAGCACAACCGUAAGUCCCACUACAUCUCCAACAAGAUAUCCCCCGAUGCCAAUAAAUGUUAUACCAAGGCUAAACCUAAUACAAUGCAGUAAAUUUUAUUAUCAAGUCCCCGACAAAGCGUUUUAUGAUCCCCAGGACGGUUUUACGAGGAAUCUUCAAUUAAAUUUGGUCAACACUCAUAAUAAACUGUUAAACACUUCAGCAUGGAUAACGUUAGAUGGCAAUACACAAGUCAUACAUGCAGUGAUUACGGAUGAUAUUCUUAAGAGUCAAGAAUCUACAGCGACAUUUAAACUUUUGGCCAAAAACAAAUAUGGCUUAAGCGGCUAUCAAUUUAUCUCCCUUCAAUUACCAUCCAGAAAACAUGUGACGCACUCAUUUUCCCUUGUAUUUGUUUUGAAAUCUCCGCUGGAUUAUGAUGUCUAUGUUGUGAAGUUACUAUGCCAAAAGUUAAAUAACUUCAUGCAGACAACAAACAAUGUCCGAGUACUGAGUUUUACUCGAUACCAAUCUGGAUUAAUGAGAAUAACAUGGACCACUUGUAGUGUAGAGACAACUUACUGCAAUUACAAACAGAUAAAAGAUGUAAAAAGCAUAUUUUUCUGGGAAAACAUAAAUGUUAAGUCAGAUUUUAUUCAAGCUAUGCAUCCUGAUGUAAACGUUGGCCAAUUUUCAUUUCAACUUGAAGGACCAUGUGCAUUAUCAACGAUGAUAUCUAGCACAGUGUUGAAGCCUUCCCCAACACCGACAAUUACUCCACCGACUCAGAACCUACCUCCAGCCAUCUUAAAAUGGAUUCCAAUGCAAAAUGUUACAUCGUGUAGUAUGUUUACUUACCAGCUGCCAGAGGAUGCAUUUUUUGAUGUAGAAGAUGGUUUAACCAGAAGUUUGAAAAUAAAGAUACAUAAUCAGGAAGGCUAUAUUUUACCUGAAAACUCGUGGAUAUCUUUUAACAAAACCACGCAGACUUUCAUUGGUGUGUUACCGGAUGUUGAAGGUAGGGAAGAGAAAAGAUUCGUAUACAGAAUCCUGGCAGUAGAUAGUGGUGGAUUAGCCAUACAUCAACCGUUACAGAUUAAUGUAAUACCUCAACGAAACAGCGCACAGGAUAUCAUCAUAGACACUCAUGGCUCUUUAUACAGACACACAUCAAUAAGCCAGUUAAAGAUAUUGUUAUCAAAAAGUCUCUCCGAAUACUUUAUUUCUGCGGAUCCUGCGUGGUAUGGGUUGAAACUACAUUCAGUUGUAGUGUAUGGAACUUCACAAAAGAAAAUUAACUUCAGAUGGUCAAUUUGUGGAUUUCAAUGCGGACUGAGAGAUAUUGAAAAACUGAAAUCACUUAUCUUCCAGCAAGGUGUUUUAAAGGUUAAGUUUGUUGUUUUAAUUAAACCGACAGUUAUUAUAACAUCAGUGACAAUUUCAAAUAAUGACACUUGUAUGUUGUCAGUUUCAUCUUACUCAACAAGUUCAAUUCAACUUCUUCCAAGUCCUACACCCACGUUAAACACACCACCAAUCAUUUACAAGCCUGUACCAGUUUUAACUGUAAGAAGAUGCAGAAAAUUUGAAUAUGACAUUGCAGAAAAAACGUGUUUUGAUAGCCAGGACGGAUAUACACCGAAAUUAAAAGUUAAAUUACAGUAUACAAAUGGAACAAGUGUAGGAGAUAGCGCUUGGAUUCAUCUCAAUCCAUCAACCCAGAAACUCUAUGGUAUUAUAACAGAAUCAGAUAUAGAAAGUGCUGUUAAUAAUGUUCUGACGUAUUUACUUGUUUGCCAAGACAACGAAAAAGCAUCAGUAUCGCAACGUCUGCAUAUUAUUGUAGACGGGAGUUCACAAGCCCCAGUAUAUAGCAUCGUAAUGCAAAGCUAUGUGUAUACAACAACUCAAUCGAGCUAUGCUGAAACACAGUUGCUUUGGAUUAAGAAGGUUUUCCAGUAUCUUGGCAACGAUACAGAUGGAGAAAUGCAGAUCACGAAGUUCAAAAAGUCUACAGUUUUAUAUCCCCAGAUUAUUAUAUCGUGGUACUUCUGUUCCAUUAAUGAUAUAUGUAGCGAUAAACAAGGAAAGAAAGUUAAGGCCAAGUUAUUUACACACGAAAAUAGUUUGAACACUGAAUUUACCCAAGCAAUGGUACCAGAGUUUGUGGUUAUAUCAGGUAUAAUACAAAGCGAGAGGGAUUGUGGUAAAUCUGCAACAACAUCAGUCAAACCAUCAUCUUCAGUAAUUCUUACCAACAAACAACCGACAGUCUUAAUAAAAACUUUAUAUGUAAAAGUAAACCCCUGUUCUGACAUCUGGUAUCAGAUUCCAGCUAAUACGUUUUAUGAUCACGAAGAUGGCUAUACACCUAAAUUGGAUGUAAACUUGGUAAAUGUGGAUGGUACUGAGGUCAAAGAAAACUCAUGUGUCAAAUUUAACAAAACAACUCAAGUAAUUUAUGGCAUCAUUGUUUUAGAGAACAUCCGAAAGAACAAUAAAUUUCGUUUAAUUGCCACAGAUUCUAAAGGAGCAAUGGCAAGGAGUAACAUAUCCAUUGAAUUAGUAGAUGAUUUCACUCAUCUAAGUCAUGUAUUUUUUGCUCGCUCGUACCUAUAUUCGUCUAACAUGAAAAAACUAGGAAUGCUAUCUGGACUAAGAUCUAAAAUAUCAGCAUUUUAUGGAGAUGAAGCUACUAAUACCAUCAUGAUUAAAUCAGCAAGAAUUGAAGGUAACUACAUCGAUAUUGAAUGGUCCAACUGCAGUUUAGUUUCAACCUGUAAUGUUAACAAAUUAAAAACUAUCCAAUCUAAAAUACUGUACUACAACAAAAUCAUCAACGCUGAAUUUAUAGCCAGUCUUGCUCCUAUCUUUAUUGUCACAUUUGUUCAAUUUUCAUAUGGUGUCACAUGUUCUUCAGUAAUCAGCGUUAUUAUACCAACUUCAUCAAUAAGUAUAUCAAGGAUAUCAGCUACAUCUGUGAUCUUACCUACGCCAACACCCAUUAAAAAUACCCCUCCAGUAGUUUCAAAACCGUUGGUAUUCAUUGAUGUACCCUUAUGCUCCUCAUUCAGUUACCGAAUUCCAGCCAAUACAUUUUUUGACAGGGAAGAUGGCUUUACGCGUUAUUUAUCAUUGGAUCUACUUACCUUUGAUGGAAGAAAAUUACCAAAAACGUCAUGGGUGUUGUUUGUAAGUUCCACACAGGUUGUUUAUGGACAUCCUCGAGUCAACGAUAUGAAAACUACAAAGAGUUACUUAAAUUAUCUUCUUCGGGCAACUGACCAUAGAGGAGCCUCGGUAACGACGGUUCUUACUUUAGUGCUACCGCCUAAGCCUGUAAUUAACUUUCAACUAAAUGUCACAGUAAGAAGAUUUUUUGAUUACCAAACACCUGAUUUAACCGCACAGUUGUUUUUAGUGAGUAAGAUAUGCUCAUAUAUAGGAGACCGUGACGUAACGAAGGUGUUGGUAUUGUCUUUUGAACGAACAGAAGAGGAAGUGACUUUGUCAUGGUCUAAUUGUACCCUACGCCAUCAAUGCAAGAAAGACGUUGUUGCGAUGCUAGUCAACAUGUUUAUUACAGAUGGACGACCAAACGAUAGCUUUCAAGAAGUUUUGAAACCUUAUUAUCAUGUUAAAAAUGUAACCGGGGAUGUAGCUAACCAAUGUACUCAGGGGUCAUCAACACAGUACAUGAGCAUCACUCCUACUAAGUCGCUUUCUGUAGUGCCUACUCCAACCGUUAAAAUCAACUACCCACCACGUGUUCAAAAUAUAAUACCGCCGAUUGAAAUAACCUUUUGCAAAUCAUUUGCAUAUCAUAUCCCAGAAAAUAUAUUUAUUGACGAAGAUGGUACGACAUCCGCUUUAAGUUUAAAAUUGUUUGACGUAAAUGGAACGGUCUUGUCCAAAACAUCAUGGAUACAAUUUAAUUCUAACUUGCAAGUUGCAUAUGGCUUAUUGAAGACUUCGGACAUUUUAAGACAACCUCGGAACGGAUUUAGAUUUAUUCUGCAAGGUACAGAUUCUAAAAAUCUUUCGGCAACGACAAUAUUACCAUUUCAAGAACUAACUGAUCCCAUUGUGAUCGGUGUUCUUGUAGAAAUGAAAAUACGAUGUUCCCUAGUAGAUGAAUAUCCAUACGUUAACGACCUAUUUCAAAUCAUCAACAAAAUUUCUCAAUAUUUUAAUGACAAAUCUCCUGCAAAUGUUAAAUCGAUUGAUUUUAAAGAAGCACGACUUGACCCGGGACUGAUUUUAUUUACAUGGACGAAUUGCAGCUUUGAUUUUACCACGUGUCCGGAGAAUGACUUACACUUUUUAAAAAGUAAGCUGCUAGAAUCCAAUGGAAAUGUGAAAGCUGCUUUUAAAAAUACUUUUUUACCUCAAUACACAUUGGUGGAUUUAAAAAUCAUUCGUAAACCCCCGUGCACUACAUCAUCAACCGCAUAUCCAAUAACGCCAUCGCCAUCUCCUAGCGAUAAACCACUUAUUAACCGUUACAUACCACCAUUAACAGUACGAAAAUGCUCGCACUUGUUUUAUGAAAUACCACCCGAUACCUUUUAUGAUUAUAAGGACGGAUACACAAGGCGAUUAAAACUCACUUUAAGGUUUAUCAACGGUGAGUCUAUUUUAGAUUCGUUUUGGUUGCAGUUUGAUCAGAAAAAGCAAGUGAUAACUGGUUUACCUAUUAAAAUUAAAAACAGUAUGAUACCAUCAAAUGGAUAUUUGUUUAUGUUGACCGCAACUGAUAACGAUGGUUAUUCUGUUAGCAUGAAUAUACAAGUGAAUGUUGAAAAUAAUGACUACCCGAUUCUGCAAAAUAUUACACUAAAUUUGACCCUAAAUUUUGAUUUGCGUUUACCAAACCAUACAUUAGAAAGUUUGAUUGUUCGGAGGAUUGCUAUGUUUUACAACGAUGUGGACGAAAGGUAUAUUGAUAUUAUCGAGUUUCGUAAGGAUGGCAUGUUUGUUUCGAUUGGUUGGUCAAACUGUACCUUAAAUAGCGGUAAAUGUGAUAAAAAUUUAGCAAGUUGGAUGCAAAACUUCAUCAUGGACGAAAAAGGGGAAUGUCGUGCUCAAUUUUCCUUUGUCUUUCUACCAGAAUUUUCUGUUCGGGACUUAAUCAUCAAGAAUGAUAAAUCGUGCAUAAAUGAAAGUCAGGUAACAAUAUUGCCUACCUUGUCCUCCCAAAUACUGCCUUCAUCAAGCAUUGUCGUGCCAGACACUAUUCGUUCGUUGUAUAAUAUUUCCAUUGGUGUAUCAUAUUGUGGAAGCAUUAAACACACAAUACCUAAUGGAAUAUUUUACGACUCAUAUGAUGGAAAUAAACAGUCGUUUAUAUACAGUCUCUUGUACACAGAUGGGUUGCCAAUCUCCUGUAAUUCUUGGAUUCAAUUAGAUGCAAAUAAAAUUAUCGGCAUACCAACACAGUCCCAGCCAAAUUCCCCUAACAAGUACUUGCUUCGAGCUGCAAAUGCAAUAGGAAGUUCUGCACGAACCUUUGUUUCCUUGAAUCUGGAUAACAACGUUCCUAAUGUUACUUACAAAGUUGCCUUGAGUUUUAAGACAACCUUCGCAAAGACUGUAUGCGAUUCUCAAUUGAUACAAACGCUUAUCGAUAAAAUAGUUACCUACUUCAAAAGCAAGGAUGAUCGCAAUAUUAAUGUUGUGUAUUUUUCCCGUGGUGACGUGACCACACCAAGCUAUAUCAUGUGGAGUAACUGCUCCUUACGAACUGAAAUAUGCGAUUUUGUAAAUAUCAACAAAAUAUCCGAAAUGUUAUAUAAUGGGACGACUUCAAAUCCAAAUCCUAAUCUUACCAAUGUUCUUCUUCCAGAGUUUUAUAAUGUAUCAGUGCUGGAUGAAAAAUCUGGUCCGUGCUCAAAACACAAAGUACUGGCGGUUGGGAAACAUCCUGAAACGUUGUGUGCAAAUAGUUGCGGAUUGUUUUCAUAUACAAUACCUGAUGAAACAUUUGUAGACCCGGAAGAGGGAAAUACACCAAACUUAAUUGUCGAAGUUGUUCAGGGCGAUCGGAGUCCUUUACCUGCUGACUUAUGGCUACAAUACAACAUGACCACUAAAACUCUGUAUGGUAUGCCCACCGAAGUUGUAAAAAGAAAUCAGCCAAAGAAUGGUUAUAGGUAUUUAUUAAUUGCCUACGACACUGGUAGCGCAGCAGCUGAGACAGUGUUGCAAAUCAAGAUAUGUGGAGAAACACCAAGUUAUAAGAAUAGCGUCACGCUCUCAUUUACAUGUGUAAAUAACCUAACGUCAAUAAUCACAACUGUAAUUAACAUCUUGCAAAACAUAUCAGACAAAUAUUCAGAUGGAACGUUAAAUUCAACUUUUUUAGUCAAAUAUGAGAGCAACCACAACAAGCUAAACAUCACUUGGGCAAAUUGCUCAUCAAACGAAGUUGGGUUCAAAAGCCAAGAGUCGUCAUAUCAAGUUUCAUUGGAAUGUUCAAACGACAAUGUUAUAUUUCAUCGUGAUUUUCCGCCGAUUGCAAACACUAGUAACAUCCGGGUGAGCCCUUCAUAUAGAAAAAUGAACGUGUACGACUUCCCACGUGAUGCGUUUUAUGAUGAAGAAGACGGAUCGAUGGCUAACUUGGAUUUAUACUUCACGUACGCGAAUGGAACUGUAGUUCAUGAUGACCACUGGGUUGGUUUUGUGCGAGAAAAAUCGCAGAUUUACAUUAUACCUACUAAUGAAACUAAAAAUAACUUGGUUUAUCAGUUUUUAUUUGUGGCAAAAGAUUCAAGUAACAAAACAGCGAACAUCAGUUUGUAUGUAGAAAUGUUUGAACCGUUCCCAAAUUUGAAUUUCAUUGUGCAUGCGCAGUACAAAUCUUACUACAAUGCACCCACGGUAGCUAAAAUAUAUACAUUUCUUACUAAGAUGAAUUCUUUUCUUGGUGUAAACAGUACCUUAGUCGUAAGCGAUUAUAAAACUUUUCAGAAUAAUUCAAUCAUGGUGGAAUAUGGGAAUUAUUCUUUAUCAAGAAUGCAGUGCAAAUAUGAAGAAAUAGAAAACAUAACAAUCCGUCUCGUUUCAAGUAACGGACAAAUCAAUGCGGAUUUGUUCACCUUUAUGUUUCCUGAAUGUUUAAUAGAAAAAAUAAGAACAAAAAAGUUGGAAAUAUGCUUGCUUUCGCAAAACAAACCACCAAUGUUGAUAAAUCCAAUACCAGAUAUUGACGUUCCUUCAUGUGGUUAUUUGAAAUAUAAAAUACCGAACACAACUUUUUACGAUGAAGAAGAUGGCUGGACCGGAAAUUUAACUUUGACAUUACAAACAAAACAAAAUUGCUGGCUGGAGUUUGAUACAACAUCACAAACUUUAUAUGCAAUGGUAAGUAAGGAAGCCAUAGCUGACAUGCCAGUACCUGGGUACAGAAUAAUAAUAACAGCUGUUGAUUCCAGAGGAAGUAUGGUGAAUACAACCGUAAACAUUACUGUAUCUCAGUACCCGCAGUCUAGUUUCGAGCUGGUUGUGUUAUUUGAAAUUGCUCCUACUCUGAACUUAUCAUGCUUAAAAGAAAAAAUAUUAGUACUCGAAAAGUUUAAAUCAUACCUGAAAGAUGCAAAUUCGUUAACGAUAAAGUCCGUCGUAAAAGGCACAGAUAGCGUAAUUAUGGAAGUUAUUGUCAUGAAUUGCUCAAUGCGAUACCAGCCUUGUGAUUAUAUUAGUAUGGAUGGAAUGUUACAUCAAUUAGAAGAAUCAACUGGAACAGUUAAACGCGAAUUCUACAAUCACAUGCUUCCGCAGUUUAUUCCGCGAUAUUUAUCUAAGCGCAGAGAUACGCCAUGCUUAGACUCCAGUAACAAAAAGCCGAAACAAAACAUCUCCUUUGUUUUACCUAACUUAACGUCAUGCGACGUAUUUAGAACGAAGUUGCCGUCAAACUUUAUAACUGACGUGGAAGAUGGCCCAUUAGAGAACCUGAAAGUAACAUUACUAAAUGCUUCAAAUGGAUUUGAGGUACAGAAUACAUCGUGGAUACACCUAGAUCGUGUUUUAAAAAUACUCACUAUUGCAAGUAACUACGAAGUAGCAGUUCAGCAACCAAUUGAUGGUUAUAAAUUCACGAUAAUUGCUACGGACAGUCGACUAGCAAGCGCCUCUGUUAGCUUUUUCCUAAAGUUUCAUGUUGCAUCGAGAAACAUAACAUUUGUUGUACGCGAAAAUAUCACCCUGGAAUCUCAAAAUAGUGUAGCAACGUGGUUGUUUGAUUGGAAGAACAAAACAAAGCGGCUAAUUAAUCAACCAAUAGAAAUCCUUGCCUUUAAAAUAGUGAAGAAGGAAGUAUCAUCAGUUAUUAAAGUUUCAUGGACAACAUGUGACGACGACAGGAGCGCUAACUUCUGCAAUUUCUUAAUUAUAGAUAAAAUUAAAUACGAAUAUAGAAAAUCAAACACCAUAUUUGACAUUCAAAGGUACGGCCCCUGUUUAAAUCAACCUUUAUACCCUCCAAAUGCCACAAAAAAUAACAUCGUGUAUAUCAACCCUUGUCUGAAACUGUCAUAUCGACUGCCAGAAGACAUGUUUGCGGACGAAAAGGAUGGUGGAACAAGUAAUUUAACCGUGACGUUAAAACAAACUUACCCUACUGAAAAAAUUAACUUUCUCUUUUAUAACACUUCAUCACAAACACUUAAAGGAGUUGUUAUAGUGAAGGCCUUUGAAGAGUACAAUUAUAUUGAGUACGAGGCUAUUGCAACAGAUUCUGACAAUUUACAAGCUUACACCAAUGUUAAGUUCAUGCUUGAUAAACCAUACGUGCGACAGUAUCAAGUGACAACUGACGUGUUAUAUUUCCCAGGAGUUAAUUCAAAGCAGACCUUAAUAGAAUACUUUUUUAACAAAGUCGAAUCAUAUCUCAAAUUACUCAAGGAUGGUAUUAUCAUAUACAGCAGGAAUAAGUCUAAAACAGCCAGUCAAAACACAAGAUUUAAUGUCACUUUUACACCGUGCUCUUUAACUGGGUAUGGUUGCAACAACAAAGAGUUUACUCGAGUUCAAUCGCUUUUGAUUUUACCAACAGGUAAGCCAAAGUUUGACUUUGUGUCUAGCCUGUUAGAUAUCGUCGUAAUAAGAGAAGUUAAUAUUAAACAGCUCCAAGCGUGUAAUGACACAAGGCCGACAAUUGGUACUGUAAUAGGUCAAUUAAAAACCAGUAUUUGUAACCAUCUCACUUACAAAAUUCCUGAAAGUGCAUUCCUGGAUGCCGAACAAGGAUCCACUUCAAACUUACGCUUGCAAUUCAGGAACUUAAACGAAUUCAAUUGGAUACAAUUUAAUGAGACAACCCAGAUUCUAAGGGCCAGACCAACUUUACAAACCAUAAUAGACCAUCCAAGCAAUAGAUAUAGUCUAAUUCUUGUAGCAAUUGAUGUAGUUGGAAAUACAAUAUCCCAAAAUAUUACAUUGCUCGUUGAAGGCGACCUUAGAACGUAUAAUUUUUUCAUGCAUGUCACCUUAAAACCGUUAAAUUAUAAACCAAUAAAUAACUUUAUUCUGCAUGGAAAGCUCGAUGAAAAGUUAAAAUCAAUUACUGACAAUGAGCACAUAACUAUUGCUAACUUGACAUACGCUGUAGGCAGUACAUAUGUGGACGUUUACGAUUGCAAUUUAAAAGAAGAAUUCUGUCAAGUAAAACAAAAUGAACUUUUGUUGGGUUUCUUGCUUAGUAAUACCAGUGUUAUUAAGACUGCUGCGAUGAACAACUUCCUUCCUGAAUUUCAAUUACUGAAAGUCGAGGGCUUAAACAUGAAUAAAUGUAAAGACAUAUCCAGUGAAAUACCCUUUGUAACAGAUGCUAUACCUGAGCUACAUAUCGAUUUUUGUCAACAGUUGCAUUACAACUUGCCGGAUGGUCUGUUCAUGGAUAGCAGAGAUGGCGAAUUAACUGGCACAUCAAUUGAAUUUUGCUACCAAAACGGAACAGUUGUUGGUAAAACAAGUUUAAUUCAAUACGAUCAAGAAUCAAGAAUCAUAUCUGGAUAUUUGACCCAAAACGAUCUAAUAAAAUAUGGAUUGGCAUCAAAAAUAACAUUCAUUUUAAAAGCCACCGAUUCUGACAAUAACAGUAUUGAUACGUUCGUGUACGUAAAAUUGCCACAAAGAAUAAUUAACAAUUACAUCAUCAGCCUUAAAGCAACAACCUACCUGGACCACACCUUAUCGGAUUUAGAUAUAAUUGCAAAUUUUCUGUCAAGGAUGUACAGGUAUUUUAAAGAUUCAACAAAAAACACAAUCAGCAUUAUCAGAUUCUCACGAAAUGGAUUCCUUCCACAGAAUGUUGAUCUACAAUGGACAAAUUGUACAGUUACUGGUGACAACUGCGACGAGAAAGAGAUUGAUUAUAUUUAUAAUAAAAUUUACGUUCUACCAGAUGUUUACAACCCAUACUACGUCGACGCUUUAGGAAGAUUUGAAGCCAUUAAAGGAAGUGAAAAGAAACCAGGAUUUACUUCGUCAGAGACCGGUAUUGCCAAAGAUAACAUAUGUCUUGAUCCAAAUAACACCAAACCAGUCUCAACACGUAACAUUACAAUAAAUAUCACAUCAUGCGGUGCUUUUAACUAUGUAUUGGCAAACGAUACGUUCCUUGACAUUGAAGACGGCGGUAUAAAUAAAUUGGAAAUGAAACUGAAAUUCACAACUGGUGAAAACAUACCAAAUCAAUACUGGAUACAAUAUAAUGACACAAGCAAGACUUUGUACGGUUACCCUAACGACGAUGCCUUCUCAGUGGAAACUAGGCUGUAUGUAUUGCAGGCUACUGAUAGUGGUGGAAGAAAAGCUUUGACGUAUAUUAUUAUCCUCCUAAACAGGACCGAUUCAAACUCUGAUGGGAAAAGGAAAGUAAUGAAAGCAACUGCUUCUUGCAAAGAAAACCAAAAUGUUCCGCUGAUAGGUACAAUAAUAGACAUUAUAGAGUAUAUGGCCAGUACAUUACAGGUCAAUAAAAAUGAGAUUCACUUAAGUAGUUAUGCAAAAAGAAUCCUAAAUAUCAGUAUUGUCUUUUACACUUGCAGUGAUAGCAAUCUUACAAACGUAAGCAUUGUCUUCAAUAAAACUGUCAAAAAAUGUUUAAUUUAUGAUAUUGUUAUUGAUCAAGUAUUGACGACGACAGCUGUCAUGCCAACUCCCACUAGAAGUAUCCAAGUUUCAUCAUCUGUUGCCGUUCCAAUUGUGCAAGUUCCACGUGUCAUUAAUAGCAUACCAGUAAUAACCAUUACCUGUGGCAUACCAUUAAGGUAUGUGAUUGCUGAAAAUACCUUUUAUGACGAACAAGAUGGCACAACUUCAAACUUAAAUCUCACAAUUCUUGACCAAGACAGACGAGAACUCAGAAAAUCUUACGUGGAGUUUUAUACGGAGACUAAAGAUUUUUUCUUUUUUGUAUCUGUGGAUAACUGUCAUAAAGUGGUCACUGAUAAAGUGUUAUUCGUCAAAGCAACAGAUCGUGAUGGCAACUUUGUCAUGGAUUCAUUUUCACUUUUGGAAAUUAAAGAAACCGUUUCCUGCUGCAUAUACAUAAAGACAACUAAUAAUAUUUCUUAUGAAAAUGUCUCCCAUAACAAUAAAUACAUUUAUAAUUACUAUAAAACCUUACAAAGUGCACCAAUACACAAUGAUGUAAAAGAUGAGCUGAGAAUUGUAUCUGUCGUGGAAGCAGAUGAAAAACAAACAGGAAUAACUUACACAAAUAAAACUUUUACUAAUAAAACAUGUUUUGAAAAUAUCACAAGUGGAUUGUACGAUGUUGUUUUUGAUUACAACAAUGGAACAAUUUUGGAGAGUUACAAGCAAAAGCUCAAACCAUUUUACUUUAUAACGUCUGAUACAGUAACAAAUCAAAGAUGCAAUGAUACUAAUGGAACAACUAUAGUUCCAUUUGUACCACCACCAUCAGUUGGCAGGUUUACAUCCUCCGAGGACUGGUUUUUAUACAUGCUACCGCUAUUUAUUUUAGCCUUUAUGUUGCUGGCAAUUUGUUUAUGCUUCUACAUAUGUAGAUGUUGUUACAGAUGUUGCUGUGGAGUAAAGAAGGAAAAGCCACAGGUCUACCAUGUUGACGAUUUCGAUCAAGCAGACGGACCUUUAGCAAUUGCUAAAGCCUAUGAAAGCAUCCCAGAGGAUAUUGUUUCAGUAACGCCUGUUUUUGGCGAUGUAAAACCGAUGGCAAAACAGAGUUGGGAUGUGUCACCUAUUCCAGUUGAGGGAGGGGUAUUACCCAUAGUCAAAGAUGAUCCUGAGAAACCAAUAUCUUCUAUAAUUGCACCAAUUCAGAUGCAAGAAGCCCAAGAAGGAAGAUCCAGUUCCAUGUUUGCUCCAUUAUUAGAGAAUGAAAACCAAAGAAGUCGAUCUCCGUCUAACAUGAUGUCUGUCCAAAGCUCUAGGAGGCCAUCUCACAUUUCAGAGCUAUAUGCUCAACCUAUCAAAAGAAAUAAGAAAGUAUUUCAAACCAGUAGAAAUCGGUCACUGCGUUCUUCGAGAAGAAAAAAAGAAUUAAAUGUCAGUGCUCCAGUGACAACGUCAUAUACAAUCCAUGAGAUUGAUCAUGAUACACAACACAACUCUCAUAUGCGAUCAGUACACCAAUCUAACUCCAGUAGAAGCUUACGUCACAGACACGAAGACCAUGCUACCCGCCGUCAUCUGCGACUACCAGCUAUUCCCACAGGACCACCGCCACCAUAUUCACCUCCAAGAAAAGCGCGUAUCGUUCGAAAGACUCUAUUUCCAGAAUAUUAUGAAAGGUACGUACAACCAAGUCAUCAUCGUCACUCAUCAGCUCCAAUUGCAAUUCCUUUAAAACCAACAAUUAUAAAAAGUCCAAGGCGUUCUGUAUUAUUACCGAGGUUACACAAGCGGAGAAAAGUUGUUUCAAUGCCUCUAAUUAGAAAACAUCGUAAACGCAAGGAAGAGAAACCUAUUGAAGUUAUUGAGCUCGCUGAUUCAGCAAGUGAGAUAUCUACAUCAGCAUCUUCCACUUUAAGGAAGUACGAUAGCGAGUCAUCAAUAGAAGUGAAGGCGAUUUUGAAGGGAAAGGGAAAAGCUAUUCAAAAAAUACUGGGGAAACCAUCUCCAAUAUCAUAUUUAAAUGCCAAAGUAAAACAUCAAUCGAAACAUAAAAGACGAGAGAAGUAUAGAGUCAACCUAGAAAAAGUUACUUUACCAAAAAAGAAACGGCGACUACCGGACGUUGAUACCGGAGAAAUCGAGGUAAGACGUCGACAUCAUCCAUAUAAACCGUACGAGUACAAGUUCACAGAACCUUAUCUGUACGACUAUGUUCCAAUUAGAAGAAAAAAAUUAAAAAGGAAUCCCAGGGUUCGUAUGGAAGACAAAAUCAAUUACUCAGAAGACGAACAAGAAAUUAGGAGAAUUCGCUCACGGCUUACAGAAAGUAAACAUCGUCCAACGUUAGAUGAGCUGUUAGAAGAAACAGAUAAAGAAGAUACAUUAGUCAGAGGAAAGAGACGGUUAUUGCCGCUAAAAAAUCGGAAAAACAAAGGUAACGAAAGCAUCCGCGAGCAAAGAAGACAUAAAGAUAAAGAGACAUGGAUAAGUUUAGAGGAUUUGAAUCCCGAAGUUUAAUGUUUUCGUUGUUUAUGUUUUUUUAUGUUGAUUUAUAAUUUCAAUUAUCUGAGUUUGUUCUUAAUUUAAUCAAUUUUGUGUUCUUCAGAAAAAAAGGAGAUAAAAAAACGAAAAAAAUUGAAAUAAUUUGACAAUAAUCUAAAAGAUAAAUCUACUAUCUUUUGUUUAAUUUUAUUUUUAAAGUUACCAUCUAUUUUUACUCUUUGCUUUCAAAUAUUUUUGUCAGACUUAUAUCUUGCAUUAUUCUUGUAUAUGUAAAUUUUUAAAUUAUUUUAUAUAUAUUCUGUAGCUAUAACUUUUUUUAAAGUAAUUUAUUAUGGUAAAAAUGUCUCAUUUUUUUGUGAAAUUGGAAAAUAUCAAUUUCCGAAAAUUAAAACCUGUUUGAACAACCUGUUUAAAACACGCAUAGCUAUACGAUUUUUUUAUGAUCGUGUACUUCCCAUGGGUAGCUGCAACUGCCCAGAUUGUAAAAUAUAGCUGCGCGAUUUUAAACAGCUUAAAUUCUACCUCAAAGUACUACAAAUAUCUUGUAAAAAUUGCAGAUUGUCAAGAAUACAGCCAUUUUUUCUUUGUGUUUGAUCAAUUACCAAGAAUACUCUAUCUUGGCAGCAAAGAAUGGGUGUUGCCAUAAACUUACUU